ACCUCACUUUCAAGACUAUCUAAAAUUUCACGCAGGUACGAUGUUUUGCUCGAAGCUAAUGUCAGUAGCCUUCAACACUUGAUGAGUUUUGCUAAGACGUGCAAGAACCUUGAGCUCCUUGUCCAUAUUUCAACCGCAUAUGUCAACGGAGAGAAAGAAGGGAUAAUAUUAGAAAAGCCAUUGAUUAUGGGGGAGAAUAGAAGAAACGACAUAUGCGAAACAUCUCAAUUUCCUCGUCUGAAUAUAGCCGACGAAGUAAACAUGGUGGCGUUGAGUUCAAGAACAGCUUCUUCAAACUAUGAUAUGACCAAAGAUAUGAAAAAGCUUGGAAUGGAAAGAGCAAAUUUGUACGGAUGGUAUAAUACGUACCACUUGACAAAGGCGAUGGCAGAAAUGGUAAUUAAUGAAACGAGAGGGGAUAUACCGGUCGUCAUCAUUAGGCCAACUGUCAUAGAAAGUUGCUACAAAGAACCUAUCCCUGGCUGGAUUCAAGGAAAUAGGAUGUUCGAUCCCGUAAUUGUUUCAUACGGAAGAGGACAGCUUCCAGCCUUUCUAGGCAAGCCUGAUUCCCCCAUGGAUGUUAUUCCGUUGGAUAUUGUCGUAAAUGGAACAAUUGCAGCGAUAGCAAAGCACGGUUAUAUUCAAAAGCCGGAGUUGAAUGUUUACCACAUGUCAUCUAGUGUCACGAACCCUUUACGAUACUCGGAAUUUUUCGAGUAUCUUUACGAAUAUUUCAGUUCGGAACCUUUGGUAGAAUCGGAAAGUUUAAUUAGGGUGAACUACUAUGAUGAUAUUGAAAAAAUUAAAUAUUUCGAUAAUUUCAAUGAUUUCUCGAAAUAUACACGAGAAGAAAUAUCUCGACGUGUUGGAGGAGGAAAUGUGGUAGCAACUAAGAAGGCGCAAACGCAAUGCAGAGCAAAGAUCAUGUAUGCCGAGAACUUGUGCAAGAUGUAUGAAUUCGUGGGGCUCUUCAAAGCAAGAUUCCAUGCCGGCAAUACUCAGAAGUUGUUGUACGAAAUGUCGAAGGAAGAGCAGAUUAACUUUGACCUGGAUGUAACAAAAAUAGAGUGGAGAAAGUAUUUUCAAGAAGUUCACAUCCCUGGUUUGAGAAAGCAUGUGCUUAACGAGAGAAGUAUAUAUGUCUAGUUACACAAUUAUUUAUCUCGACCACAUGCACACUUUUUUCAAUGUAAUUCCGAAAUUCAUAUUUGGUGUUGUGUUAUGUUUGUGCCUAAUAAAAAUCAAGUUGCUGCAAUAUUAAUUAGUGUGCUAAAUUUGCUCUUAACUAUUUAGCAAAA